ACGGGGCGGGGCGCCGCCUGCGUAUUUACAAGUUUCCCCGGAUUGGGCUCUCGCUCCACCCUCGGGGUGCCCGGGCGGCAGCCGCCGGCGGGUCCCCAGGUGCAGACACUGACCGGAGGUCGCCGCGGGCACCGCGGGGUGGGCCCCGAGCGUCUCGGCCGACGGUCCAAAGGGCGCGUCCGCCCGCCGCCUGCGGGGCUCGGGCCGGCUCGGAGCCGCUGAGGGGAACAAGUCAUUUCAACUUCAAAUCAUCUUACACUAAGAUGUUUUUCCCUGUGAUGAAAAAUUUGGAGAUGGACACUUUUUCCUUCCCUCUCAUUUGAAAUGAUCAAAAGAUAAACUAAAAUAGCAAGAAUUUAAAGAUGUUCAGGAUGAGUGAUGAUCAUUCAGAUGACAAGACAAAAGAUGAAUUGAAAUCCUUAUUUAUCAGUGAUAAAGGUGGAAAGACUUAUGCAUACAAUCAAAAAUCACUUACACAAAACUCUCCAACCAAUUAUGUGAAUUGGAAUUCUGCCAAUCCAGAUGAUAUGGUGAUUGACUAUGAAACGAGCUCUGCCAUGGACUUCACUCAAAAUAUUUCUUCAAACUCUCAGUGGAAUGAAGCACUUGAUCAUGAAAGGUCUUCAAGUGAUUUCAUUAGUAAGGAGGUAUUAGAUAUGCAUAUGGAUUCCACAUGUCAGUCUUCAGAACAUGUUAUGAAUACAGAGGAACCCAAGUACAUAUAUAACUUUAAAUCUCUGGAAUCAUUUCAGGACCAGAGCACUGAGUCACCUCUGCCUUUUAUGUGGGGCUCUAAUGAUUAUUUAAACUGUACAGACUACCCUACUGUCUUGCGGCUAAACCAGACAUUUGACCUGAAAGCUGAUACAGUUAACUGUACCUUCAUAACACAUCCUUCCACUCAAGAGAAUCAUACCACUGGAAGUCUUCAACCAACCUGCAUGGAAAGUGGGAAUGCAUCUUUAUCCUGUUCAUCUUGUCUGUUGUCCCCUUCUGAUAAAGUACAUGUGAGAGAAAUGAGUUGCGUUAGAGACACGUUUGAAAACUCUCAAGUCACAGCACCAGCAGUGCAAGAUAACACUUAUACGGUAUCUGGUGAUGUGGUGAUGCAAACUGAUGUUUUUGUUCCAGAUACUGAAAAUCAGUGUCAGAAUUCUUCAGGAAAAGUUACCUUUGAGUACACAGAUAGAUCACAGCAAAGACAAGUUAGCAAAAAAGAGAUAAAAUCUCCAACACCAGUUUCGCAUAACAUGGAUGAUCCCAGUGGACCUGCAUUAGAAGAGUUCUUUUGUUUACCAGAAGAUAAACCAAAUAAUGAGAUGCAGUCACAGAUCUCAUAUGGACAAAGAGAGGUUGGCCAAAAUAUAAGAGAAACAGCAUCCGAUUGUCUUAUAGAUGAUGAAUGCCUUUUACCUACAUCAGCUUUUGAUUCAUUUAAAGACCAAAUAUUGAACCCUGAGCAUACAGGCACUGUGGCUGAAGAAACACAAAAUAUCUCAGUUAAAGAGGAUUUGGGAAUCCAAAGUCAUACCAAGGAAUUGAUCUUGAGUAGCCCAUCCUGUUCGGUGACUUCAUCCAUUGAACAAAGUUUGGAUGAUGUGGUUGUUAGCACAAAUAACAAGGUUUUCACAUCAACACCAGUCCUAAAACCUACAAAUAACACCUUUUGUACGUCACCUGUUAAAGCAACAGAGAAAUGUAAAGUGGAGAAAAGUAACCAAGAGCUUAAAAAUUUACCAAACUUGAAUGGGACUUCUAUAAACAUAUCUAAACCUACUCUAGGAAAAUCAACAACCAAAAGUAAUAUCUCUGUAGGCAGCAAAGUUAGGAAAACAGAAAUUAUAAGUUACCCAAUACCAAAUUUUAAGAAUAUCAAAGCAAAAGUUAUAUCUAGAUCAGUGUUGCCACCCGAAGACCCUGCAUUAUCGAAGGUUUCACCCAGACCUCCUUUAGCCAGUAUCUCAACACCUGUAUCUUCAAGUCAGUUGACAGCUUUGAAUAAAACACCAAGAUCUAGCUCGAAUGCAAACACAAAAGUAGAAAUCCUAAUUAACAAGACACAUAAGCAGCAAUUUAAUAAACUCAUUACUAGCCAGGCUGUGCAUGUUACAACUCAUUCUAAAAAUGCUUCACACAAGCUUCCAAGAACAACAUCUGCCAUGAAAUCAAAUCAGGAAGAUGUUGACAAAGCAAGUUCUACUUACUCAGCCACUGGGUCCGUGGCUCCGUUUUUUCAGAUCAAAAGCCUAGUCCCAGUUAGAAUGGAAAACUCCGAGUGUCUUGAAUUGACAUAUGAUCCCAAUAUCAACAGGAUUAGCCCUGAAAAAGAGGGUGAAAAAGAAAACAGGACAUCUAUGGAAAAACAAGAGUUGGAAAAGGAAAGUUUGAACAAAACCUUUCAAUAUGGUUCUCUCUUCUUGGGCGCUGCUCCAAAACCUGCUACCACCUCCGGGAGGAGUAUAUCCAAGCCUGACUCCUCCAGUCUGAGAAAAACGCCUGUUCCAAAAGCCAAAGCGGGGCCCGCUGUUUCCUGUUUGAGGCGGAACAGCGGCAGUCGUAACCUUAGUUCUGAUGGAAGCCUGUCUUCGCAGAGGAUCCGGCGUGUGUCCUCUCCUGCUGGCAAUGCUGCUCUUAUCAAGUUUGAGGAGAAACCUCCCAAACCAGCCUUUCAAAAUGGCUCACCAGCAUCCUUGUAUCUGAAGCCUUCGGCACCCAGAGUACACACCCACUUACUGAAAGCUCCUCUGAAAGGUCCUUCAAGAAAGAGUUUUUUCACAGCCUAUAAUACAGUUGAAAAGGGCAGACAGAAGUCUCCCAGAAGUUUAUGUAUCCAGACACAAACAUCUCCAGAUGUGCUCUCCUCUGAAAAAACACUUGAAUUGGCUCAAUAUAAAACAAAAUGUGAAAACCAAAGUGGAUUUAUCCUACAGCUAAAACAGCUUCUUUCCUGUGGAAAUAUCAAGUUGGAAGCGUUAACAGUUGUGAUUCAGCACCUACUGUCUGAGCGGGAGGAAGCUCUGAAACAACACAAAACUCUAUCUGAAGAACUCGCCAACCUCCGGGGAGAACUAGUCACUGCUUCAACCACCUGUGAGAAAUUGGAAAAGGCUAGAAAUGAGUUGCAGAUCACCUAUGAGGGAUUUGUCCAGAAGCUCAACCAGCAGCACCAGACAGACCUAACGGAGCUCGAGAAUCGGCUUAAGGAAUUCUAUACCGCGGAGUGUGAAAAGCUCCAGAACAUUUACAUUGAAGAAGCAGAGAAGUAUAAAACUCAGUUGCAAGAGCAGUUUGACAGCUUGAAGACUGCUCAUGAAACUGCUAAGUUGGAGACUGAAGCCAGCCACUCGGAGAAAGUAGAAUUGCUCAAGGUGGCCUAUGAAGCCUCAAUUUCAGAAAUCAAGAAAAGCCAUGAAGUGGAAAAGAAGUCACUUGAGGAUUUACUCUCUGAUAAGCAGGAAUCAUUAGAGAAACAAAUCAAUGAUUUGAAGAGUGAAAAUGAUGCUUUAAAUGAAAAGUUGAAAUUAGAAGAACAAAAAAGGAUAUCACAAGAGAAAGCAAACAUAAAAAACCCUCAGAUCAUGUAUCUGGAGCAAGAGUUAGAAAGCCUAAAAGCUGUGUUAGAAAUCAAGAAUGAGAAGUUGCAUCAGCAGGACAUCAAGCUAAUGAAAAUGGAGAAAGUGGUGGACAACAAUACAGCAUUGGUGGACAAAUUGAAACGAUUCCAGCAGGAAAAUGAGGAAUUGAAAGCUCGGAUGGAUAAGCACAUGGCAAUUUCAAGGCAACUCUCCACGGAGCAGGCGGUGCUGCAGGAGUCCCUGGAGAAGGAAUCUAAAGUCAACAAGCGCCUGUCUAUGGAGAAUGAGGAGCUGCUGUGGAAGCUGCACAACGGGGACCUGUGCAGCCCCAAGAGAUCCCCCACAUCGGCCGCCAUCCCCUUCCAGUCGCCGAGGAACUCGGGCUCCUUCCCCAGCCCCAGCGUCUCACCCAGAUGACGCUUUCUUCACGCUGGGAGACUGUCGGGAGAGCCACGGGCCCAGGUCCUGGGGACUGCCGGGAGCAGAGCUUCCUGAGCUGAUGUGUAAAUCCAUGAACUGGAACGGCACCCCCCCUCACCCCCAAGACCCCUCCCAGGAGACUGGCACUCAGUCCCAGAGACUCCUCCCCUCCACCCACCCACCCACCCCCAAAGAUUUCGCACAAAGCACUUAAAAGAACGAGAGGAUCUUGUUCGUUUGCCUUUUUCACCUGAGCAUAAGGGGGAAAAAAACUCUCAGGGGCCCCUUAAGAUAAAGAUUUCUGACCCUUUAUAAUGUUCCUCACCACACACACCUUCUUAUUAUUUCUGUUUUGGUCUGGAUGGGGCUGCAUGCGUGAAAUGGGUGUGCGAGUGUCCUGUGCGGAUUCGGGGUUGAAAGCUGGUCUCUCUGGACACGUGCUAAUCAGAUUUAGUCACAGAUGCAUUGCCUCCAAAAGCCAUAGAAGUGACUACUAGCUCUGCUCAGCCCUUGGACAGAGCAAGCGAGGGUGACAGGAAAAGCUUUGUCCUGUCCAUGUCUAGACAUUCUCUGUAGCUUUUGGAAGUCAGUUGCUGGCAGUUUUUCAGUGUUUGACCCCGUCCGUUGCAACAAGCUUUCUCCCUGUACAUUUUUAACUCAUCCAUGUAAGCUUAACCUUAUACUAUGUAAACCUAAUAUUACACCACAUUCUCAGGCGGUGAGCAAAAACGUAGAACCCUAAUUUUUCUACAGAUCUGUAUAGAGAAAACGGCAGUACCAGUGGAUUGUAUCUGCCUUAUUUUUUACCUUGAUUUCAGUUGCCCUCACAAAUUUGAACUGUCUUCUCCUCUGCCAUUACCCUAAUUUCUCCCUUUCACCCCUCAUCUAAAGCCACAAAAGCAAUCCUUCUACCUCCUACCUGUUUUUCUCGGGGACUAGGUGAAGGAUCAGCUCAUCUUCAAGGUGCUGCAGCAGCCACUUGCCAAAGAAUCAAAAACCUUGGUCUGACAGCACAAAUUUUGUGGAAACCACGAAGAGGCUAACGAAUGAGUGUUAGUGGCUAGUGGAACUGAGGAAGGUGGGACUCAGUGCUUACUGAUGAGUAGGAGCAUCUUCAUCAAACCAUCUGGGGAGAUGAGGCGAGGGAUUUGUGUCCCCUUUGAGAAAUACCCCUCUCCUUGGGCACGUGGCUACGUGGCCAGCCACAACUCUCCAACUGUAACUCAUUUUAUUUCCUUUAAAGCCUAUCAUUUGCUCUUUAAGACCUUAUUCUCUUCAGAACAUGUAUCUCACUUGUCUGUUUUGGGGAAUUUACUUUUUGGUUUGGGGUUUUGGGUUUUGGGGCUAGUUUGCUGUUGUUUUUGCUUUUUGGCUCAUUUACUUCCACACUAGAGAAGUGUUCUCUCUUGAACACAUUUUCUUUCCCCUCAUGUCUUUAUAAGCUAGCUUUGUUUAGCAAAAUUAUCUUGCUUCACUUAAAAAAAAAACCCUUGCUAAUUUCUCCCAAUUGUGAUCCUUUGGGGGAGGUGGAAGGAAGGGCUGUGGCUUUUAUCUCCCUCCCCUGUACAUGUCCACAAUGUCAUGUCAGUAUUUACUAAUCUGAGUCGUUUGCUGUCUAAAUCCCCUCUAUACUAAGAACAGGUUCAGGAUGCCAGAGGUGGGUAUUCAUGUCAUUAUUUCCGUGUCUUCUACAGAGCAAGAUGAUAUUCAUGAUGCAUGUUGUUUUUUUUUAAUUAGUGAUUGUGUCUGAGUCUUUACAGCUUCCGUAGUUUUAUUAUCUAUGAUGUAACCUCCGUGUUUGCUUCUAAUCAUAUGGGAAUGUAGAUUCACUGCCACCUCCUGGAUUUCUCUCUGCUCAUCCCUCCCCGCCAUUUGGCUCCGUGUCAGGAGUCUAAGCUGGGUUGGCCAUUUCCCCGCCCCCUGCACUUGGUAAAUCUUACUGUUCCCUGCUGACCUCCAGGCCCUUGGGGUGACUGGAGAAAUCAGUCUCACAAUUAAAAUCAACUGUCUUCAGAGACUGGGAGAUAACAGGAGAGAAGAUAGGAAUCAAAACAGAGAAUUUUGAUUUUUUUUUCAAACCAAAUGUUUUAUGUAGGAUGCAAAAUGUUGGCACGUCAUAAAAAUAUGGAUGUGUAAACAGCUGUAGUUGUGCUCAGUUUGUAGUGCUGGAAAAGUGUAUUUACUUUGAUCAAAUAAAUAAUGCUGGAAUAUUUCAUUUAAGAGUUGUAA